AUGAGUACUGAAGUCCUUCCUAAUUUAACUGUUGGUGUCACGAAUACUAAAGAAAUAUGGGAAGAUAUCAGAUUUCAUAGAGACAAAGUUUCCUGGCAUAAAGUAAUUUGGUUUCCUCUUCACACCCCUAAACUUAGCAGUAUCUCUUGGAUGGUCAUUCUAGAUCGUCUUCCUACUCGAGAUAGACUUAUUAGAAUGGGAAUUGUUUCUGAUAGUCUUUGUAUAUUGUGUAAUGAGGACAAUGAAUCCAGAAAUCAUUUGUUUGUUGAAUGUACUUAUGCUACUUCUCUUUGGAAUUCUAUUAUGAAUCUGUCUAGCAUGCGAGAUAUUCACAGGUCUUGGGAUUCAAGGAUUGAAUGGGCUGCUCAAGCUUGGAAACAUAAAUCUCUUCUUUCCACCAUACUGAGGAUCGCCUGGACUGUAUUUAUUUACUUCAUUGGGAGGAAAGAAACAGAAGAAUUUUUAAUAGAGGAUCAAGAACAGCAGAUCAACUCCUCACGUCUAUAA